UUUUCUCCCGUGUUUCCUUGUUAGCCAGCGUCACAACUAGCCAACAAAACAACCGUCCCACUUUCUUUCCCUCUUCUAUUUUGUCCUCUUUUCUCUUUCCUCUCUUUCUCUUCUUCCUCCAGGAGUUAAAGCAACUCCUCAUCCUCAUCCUCCUCCUCCUCCGCAGUCAUGGACGAGACGAGUCCGCUCGUCUCUCCGCUCCGGGACUCCGGUGAUUUCAGCUACUGUCCCGCGGAGCCCCCCAGCCCCCGGGGCGGCUUCGGGAGCACCCCGGGCUCGGUGGUGCGCAUCCCGGCAGGCAGUCCGGGGCGCAGCCGGGAGAGGCAGCCGCUCCUGGACCGGGAUCGUGGGAGCUCGCCGCGGGAGCCGCACCGGAACGAGUUCCCGGAGGAUCCCGAGUUCAGAGAGAUCAUCCGGAAGGCCGAGCGAGCCAUCGAGGAGGGGAUCUACCCGGAGAGGAUCUACCAGGGAUCCAGUGGGAGCUAUUUUGUCAAAGACUCACAGGGGAAAAUCAUUGGCGUGUUCAAACCUAAGAAUGAGGAGCCUUACGGCCAGCUGAACCCUAAGUGGACUAAAUGGCUCCAGAAGCUGUGCUGUCCCUGCUGUUUUGGCCGCGACUGUCUGGUCCUGAACCAGGGUUACCUGUCGGAGGCCGGGGCCAGCCUCGUAGACCAGAAACUGGAGCUCAACAUCGUUCCACGGACCAAGGUGGUGUACCUGGCCAGUGAAACAUUCAACUACAGUGCCAUAGACAGAGUGAAGUCUCGAGGAAAGAGGCUCGCCCUGGAGAAGGUCCCGAAAGUGGGCCAGCGGUUCCAUAGGAUUGGACUGCCACCCAAGGUCGGCUCCUUCCAGCUCUUUGUUGACGGGUACAAGGAUGCAGAUUUCUGGCUGCGGAGGUUUGAAGCGGAGCCUCUGCCUGAGAACACCAACCGGCAGCUCCAGCUGCAGUUCGAGCGGCUCGUCGUCCUCGAUUACAUCAUCAGGAACACAGACAGGGGAAAUGACAACUGGCUGCUGAAGUAUGACUGUCCCAUGGAUCCUGUUGGGAACAGGGACACAGACUGGGUGGUGGUAAAGGAUCCCAUCAUCAAACUGGCAGCGAUAGACAACGGCCUGGCCUUCCCCCUCAAACACCCUGACUCCUGGAGAGCCUACCCCUUCUACUGGGCGUGGCUCUCCCAGGCCAAAGUUCCCUUCUCCCAGGAGAUCAGAGAGCUGGUCCUGCCCAAACUCUCAGACCCCAACUUCAUCAAAGACCUGGAAGAGGAUCUGUACGAAUUAUUCAAGAAAGAUCCCGGCUUCGACAGAGGACAGUUCCACAAACAAGUAGCUGUAAUGAGAGGACAGAUCCUGAACCUGUGCCAGGCCCUGAAGGACGGUAAAACCCCGCUGCAGCUGGUCCAGAUGCCUCCAGUGAUCGUAGAAACAGCCAGAGCUCCUCAGAGAGCCAACAGCGAGUCCUACACACAGAGCUUCCAGAGCAGAAGACCUUUCUUCACCUGGUGGUAGGAGCAAAGCAGCCAGGAGGAGGAAGAGGAAGAGGAGGAGAAACAGCAGGAAGAAGGAGCGAGGAGUGUUGAUGUGAGGAAGAAGACCGGCCGACUCUGAGAGCUGGUUUCUGUCCCGGAGAUGGAAAUAAUCACCUCCUCUUCUCCUCUUCUCCUCCUCUCCUGGUGGAUGUUUGUUGACAGAGAGCGAUGGAGAGAUGAGGCCAAAAGAGGAAGAAUUUCAGAACAUUUCUCUCCUGUUUGCCCUCUGUGCCUUGCGUGGAUGUCAAUGAAGAAUUAACGCCUAAAAAUGAUGAAGAUUCUGUACUUUCCUGCGAGAGGAAAAAGGUUUCACAGUGUCAGACUUUUCUUUUGGACUUUUGGGUGCACAUUAUGUUUGCCAGUCAGAAGCUCCUCGUGUUUCCUUUAUGGACGGGAGGUGUUGUUGCAUUCCAUGUUUUUUUUUUUUUGUCUUCAUACCUCUCUGCCUUUUUAAUAUUCACCUGCAUAUUCCCUCCCGCGCAGUAAAGCCCUGGGCUGGUGAAGGUGGAAGCAGCGGUGCCACUGGUGAAGAAGAGCAUUUUAUUUUAUUUUUUUAAAACAAAUAAGAGAAGUGUUCAUUGUGGGGACGUCCUGCAGAUUUAGGAACUGGGUUAGUGCGUGUUUACACCGUGACACAAGCCAUGUGAACUGGUUUCACACCUACUCAAAGCUCCUCCUAACUGUUCAGAUUAGGAUCUGCAAGUCAUCUGGGUGAUGUUAGAUAGUGGAGGCACUUUUGGUGAAACACACAAACUGUUUGUUAAGCUGCCUAAUGUUUCCUUCUGUCACUGAUGAGUUAAAUCUCUGGUGAAGAAGCAACAAAACAAGAAGAAAAUGUCCAAAAGCUCCUCUUUGAUCGGCCAUCUUGGUUUCUGUUGACUGUCUGGCUGCUGAGGUGAACCUGAAUAAACAACAAAGUAACUUCCUGCUGUACUCGACUGACAUGAAAUGUAUUGUGACAAUGCACUGUAUAAUUUGUAUGUAAUAUUUAAUGAUAGAUUAUAAUUAAAACAUAUUACAUUAAUA